AUGGCCGAUAUUGAUUAUUCCACGUCUCCUGAACGCUACGUCGCGCGCUCGCAGCUGUGCUCAUCACCAGUUCCUGACAAGAUGAGCAGGAUGACCAAAAGCAAAUCCGGAAGCGGCGGGGACCUUCGUGUUAAGCCCGAACAGCAAGAGAGGAUGCAAGGCACCCGGGGCAGCGCCGCCACAAAGAGCAGCCCGAAGGCUGCUACCACACCGGUCAAGUCUUCGCCUCUGAAAAUUCGCCUCAACCGCAUCACGGUACGCUCGGCACCUUCGUCGCCGUUCGCGGCCCGGCAGCUCGGCUCGUCGCCGGGGAAGAGGAAGCAGGGCAGUGAGGUUGCUAGUAGCUCUGUGGAGACGGGCUGGAGUCAGUGGGCAGAGCGGGACAAACAGCAGCAGCAACAGCAGCUGGACGGUGCAGACGACGAGGAAGGAUCGCCAUCAAAGAAGCUGCGAUGGGGGAAUCUCUCUUGA